AUGGGUUAUUCUGUAUAUCUUGUGUUCUGUUUGAAAAGGCUUCUUCAACUAGUCAAUUAUUUCAUGAAUAUCCAUUUCGGUUUUGGUCAGUUGGAAAUGCAGAAUAUAUCACUUAGAGGACAUCGAGAUGAUGCUAAAAAUCUUGCUUUGCAAUGUAAUAAUGCUGGUAAUUUCCAAUGCUUAUUAGAUCUGAUGGCAUUAUGCGGUGACAAGAUCUUGAGUGACCAUUUUAAAAAUGGUCCUAAAAAUGCCACUUAUCAAUCAAAGACAGUGCAGAAUGAGUUGAUUGAUAUUUGUGCAGCAGAUGAAGCUUCAGAUGUUAGUCAAACUGAACAAAUGGCUGUAGUUGUUCGGUAUGUGGAUGAAUGCUGCAAAGUAAAGGAAGAUUUUUUUAAAUUUGUUUCCUGCAAUAGUGGGUUGAGUGGAGUUUUGUUAUCAACUAAGAUCAAGAAAAGUAUACAUAAACUUGGUCUGGAAAUGUCUUAUUGUUGUGGGCAAGGUUAUGAUGGGGCUGGUAACAUGGCAGGGCGUCUUUGUGGUGUAGCAGCAUUAAUUUUAAAAGAUUUUCCUAAAGCUCCAUACAUCCACUGCUAUUCCCAUCAACUUAAUCUGUGUGUUGCCAAAGCAUGUGCAAUUCCUUCAAUUCAAGAUAUGAUGGAUCAUGUUAGGAUUGUCUCUGAUUUUUUUAAUAAUUCUCCAAAGAGGUUAGAAGAUCUAUCUACAAAAAUUGUUGAGCUAUGUCUGAUAUCAUCCUUUCAAAAGGCAAUAAAUGUUUGUAGAACCAGGUGGAUUGAAAGAAUUGAUGGUCUUGAAGCUUUUAUUGAAUUAUAUCCAGCUAUAAUUGCAUCUCUUACUUUCAGGAAGUUAUUAGGGUAUACAAGACCACUGACAAAAACGUUGCAAAAAGUUGAUCAAGACUUCUCAAAAGCUCGUGAUGAUUUGGAAAUUUUAAAAAACACUCUUUUAUCUAUUCGGAGCUCUAUUGAAAUUUCACACUCAGAAUGGUAUAAAGAAGCUGUUACCAUAGCUGCAACUAAUUAUACCUUGCCAUCUAAACCAAGAACAUGUGGACAACAAACACAACGUGAUAAUCAUCAAGUAGAUGAUAUUAGUGAUUAUUAUCGAGUAACUUGUUCGAUUCCUUUUCUUGAUCACAUUCUAACACAGUUAGAUUCUUUAUUUUCUUUAGAAAAUUUUACAUUGCUAGAUAGUUUCGCCAUUAUACCGUCAAAUUUAAUCUCUGACAAGAAGUGGAGGAAAAAAGUAAAAGAAUUUGCUCAUACAUACAAUAAUGAUUUACCAGAACCAAAUUCACUACAAAAAUGUGAUGGCAAUACGUUUCCAAAUAUUUCUACUAUACUUCGAAUCCUUUGCACAGUACCAGUUACAACAUGUACUUGUGAAAGAUCAUUAUCAGCUCUGAAAAGAAUUAAAACUUCCUUGCGCAAUUCUAUGACAGAUGAUCGCCUAAAUGGCAUUUCCAUAUUGCACAUUCAUCGAGAUGUUGAAAUUGACUUAAAUAUUGUUGUAGAUGAAUUUGCGACUGCAUUUCCACGAAGUAUGGAGUUUAAAAAUAUAUUGAACUCUGAUGAAUAG